AUGGAAAUUAGGGUGGUUAGGCGCAGACAUUCUCACAAGCAAUCUUACGACUUGAGGUCUGAUCACCAACCACCAGACCAGGGCAUUAAAUGCGUUCCAACGGCCAAAGGGGCAGAACCCACGAUCAGGGCGGUGGCUGAGAUUUACCGGGAUUUAUGGGAGUCACACCACCAUGCUUCACGAUCCCAAACCACCAUGCCAAACGUCGAUUUGGCUACCCACUUGCCGCGAUCAGGCUCCACCACGCAGGUCUUUUCAGCCUCGAUUGUCCCUCCAGGACUCCUAUAA